CCCCCGUCUCCUGACCCCCCGCCGCUGGCUCCGUCCCCCCUGUCCCCGCCGGGCGCUCGGGGCUGAGAUAAUCUCGCUCGCACCCAAACCACAGCUCUCCCGCCGCUAAUCCUGCCCUCUCCUCUCUCCCUCCCUACCCCGCCCCCGGCCCUUCCUCUCUCGGCGCUGCCCUCUCCCCUCCCCACUCCCCCUGCUCGCCCCCCGGGGCCCCUCCGUCCCCGUCCCCCCGCUGCCGCCGGCGGCCGGGCGGGUGGGUGCGAGGUCGGGGCUGACGGGCACCCCGCCCCUCCCCGGCGGGGCCGUCAUUAGGCUGCCGGUUGAUUACAGGGUAUUGAUUUGUAUGUGCUUCUCCCGGCGCCGGCCGCUCCCGCUGGUGCUGCCGGAGUUCGGGCAGCGCUUCCCGUAGCGGCGGCAGCUCCCACCAAACAUGUCGGCUCCCGCCGGGCCCCGGAGCGGCCCCGCCGCUCCUCAGCCUCCUCCGGCCCCGCAGCCCGAGAUGCCGGACCUCAGCCACCUCACGGAGGAAGAGCGGAAGAUCAUCCUGGCCGUCAUGGACCGCCAGAAGAAGGAAGAGGAGAAGGAGCAAUCCGUGCUCAAGGUCAAAGAAGAGCAAAAACCACAGUCGACACAGUGGUUUCCCUUUAGUGGGAUCACUGAGCUGGUAAAUAACGUUCUCCAACCACAGCAAAAACAGCAAAAUGAAAAGGAGCCCCAGACAAAAUUACAUCAGCAGUUUGAAAUGUAUAAGGAGCAAGUGAAGAAGAUGGGUGAAGAAUCACAGCAGCAGCAGGAGCAGAAGGGUGAUGCCCCAACCUGUGGCAUCUGCCACAAAACAAAAUUUGCUGAUGGCUGUGGCCAUAACUGUUCAUAUUGCCAAACUAAAUUCUGUGCGCGCUGUGGAGGAAGAGUGUCUUUACGGUCAAAUAAGGAGGACAAAGUGGUAAUGUGGGUAUGUAACUUGUGCCGAAAACAACAAGAAAUCCUCACAAAAUCAGGAGCCUGGUUCUAUAACAGUGGAUCACAUGCACCACAGCAGCCUGACCAAGAAGGAAUUAGAGCUCUGCGGAACGAGGAAGCACCUCAAGAGAAAAAAGCAAAGCUGCAGGAGCAUCCUCAGUACCAAGGACCACCAGGUGACAUAUCCACACAAGCUUUGGACAAAAACAGAUCUCAAGGGCUCACAAGACAAGACUCAAUUAAGAAUGGUUCAGGAGUAAAGCAUCAAGUAACAAGUGACACAACAUCAGACAGGAAAAGAAGCCCAUCGAUAUCAAGAGAACAGAACAGAAGAUACGAGCAAAGGGACGAGCGAGACGAAUAUUCACAGUAUGCUACAUCAGACAGUGCGAUGCCCAGGUCACCAUCAGAUUAUUCAGAUAGACGGUCACAGCGUGGGCCUCAGUUAUAUGAAGAACCUGAACUGGGUGAUUAUAGGGAUUCCAACCGAAGGAGCCGCAGACGUUCCAAGGAGUAUCCGGUAGAAGAAGAAGAUGCACAAAACAGGGAAGAAUAUGAAAGGCAGCGGAGAGAAGAGGAAUACCAGGCACGAUACCGAAGUGACCCUAAUUUGGCUCGUUACCCAGUCAAGCCACAACCAUAUGAGGAACAAAUGCGUAUCCAUGCUGAAGUGUCCCGAGCACGUCAUGAACGGAGGCACAGUGAUGUCUCAUUGGCAAAUACAGAGUUGGAAGAUUCUCGGAUGUCUAUGCUCAGGAUGGAACGGCCGUCGAGGCAAAGAUCGGUGUCUGAGCGCAGGGCUGCCAUGGAAAAUCAACGUUCAUACUCUAUGGAAAGAACUCGAGAGGCUCAGGGGCCAAGUCCCAAUCGUCAGAGGACCACAAAUCAUAGCCCUCCUACACCUAGGAGGAGUCCAAUUCCUCUGGAAAGACCAGACAUGAGGCGCUCUGAUUCAUUAAGGAAACAGCACCAUUUGGAUCCCAAUUCUGCUGUACGGAAAACAAAACGUGAAAAAAUGGAGACCAUGUUACGGAAUGAUUCACUUAGCUCAGACCAGUCUGAAUCUAUCAGACCUCCCCCACCAAAGCCCCAUAAAACGAAAAAGGGAGGUAAAAUGCGCCAGGUUUCAUUAAGUAGCUCAGAAGAAGAAUUGGCAUCCACUCCAGAAUAUACAAGUUGUGAUGAUGUAGAGAUUGAAAGUGAAAGUGUUAGUGAAAAAGGGGACAGUCAAAAGGGAAAAAGAAAAACUAGUGAGCAGGCAGUUUUGUCGGAUUCUAACACCUUAUCCGAGAGGCAAAAGAAAAUGGUGUGCUUUGGUGGCCACUCUUUGGAAGAGGACUUGGAAUGGUCUGAGCCUCAGAUAAAAGACUCUGGGGUAGAUACGUGUAGUAGCACAACUCUAAACGAGGAACAUAGCCAUAGUGAGAAGCAUCCAGUAACUUGGCAACCAUCCAAAGAUGGAGAUCGUCUCAUUGGUCGGAUUUUGUUAAAUAAGCGACUAAAAGAUGGAAGUGUGCCUAGAGAUUCAGGAGCAAUGCUUGGAUUGAAGGUAGUAGGAGGAAAGAUGACUGAAUCAGGUCGACUCUGCGCAUUUAUCACCAAAGUUAAAAAAGGAAGCUUAGCUGAUACAGUGGGGCAUCUUAGACCAGGUGAUGAAGUGUUAGAAUGGAAUGGAAGGCUACUACAGGGAGCCACUUUUGAGGAGGUAUAUAACAUCAUUUUAGAAUCCAAACCUGAGCCACAAGUGGAGCUUGUAGUUUCAAGACCAAUAGGGGACAUUCCCAGAAUACCUGACAGCACACAUGCACAGCUGGAGUCCAGUUCAAGUUCAUUCGAAUCUCAAAAAAUGGACCGACCUUCUAUUUCAGUGACUUCUCCUAUGAGUCCUGGCAUGUUAAGGGAUGUUCCACAGUUCUUGUCUGGACAACUUUCAAGCCAAAGCCUUAGUAGAAGAACAACGCCUUUUGUUCCUAGGGUUCAGAUAAAACUGUGGUAUGACAAGGUUGGUCAUCAGCUAAUAGUGACAAUACUGGGAGCAAAGGAUCUUCCUUCAAGGGAAGAUGGGAGGCCAAGGAAUCCUUAUGUUAAAAUUUACUUUCUUCCAGACAGAAGUGAUAAAAAUAAAAGAAGAACAAAAACAGUGAAGAAAACAUUGGAACCAAAGUGGAAUCAGACAUUUAUUUAUUCUCCAGUUCAUCGGAGAGAGUUUAGAGAACGAAUGUUAGAAAUCACUCUUUGGGACCAAGCACGAGUUCGAGAGGAAGAAAGUGAAUUUUUAGGAGAGAUUCUUAUUGAGUUAGAAACAGCAUUACUAGAUGAUGAACCUCACUGGUACAAACUUCAAACACACGAUGUCUCUUCAUUGCCACUUCCCCAUCCCUCACCAUAUUUGCCACGCAGACAACUCCAUGGCGAGAGCCCCACACGGAGGUUACAAAAUAAAGGCUUAUAUUCAUAUAAUUCAGGAUCCAAAAGAAUCAGCGACAGUGAAGUCUCUGAUUAUGACUGUGAUGAUGGAAUUGGUGUUGUUUCAGAUUAUCGACAUAAUGGGAGAGAUCUUCAAAGUUCAACAUUAUCAGUGCCAGAACAAGUUAUGUCAUCUAAUCAUUGUUCUCGAUCAGGGUCCCCUCACCGUGGAGAUAGUAUAGGACGGACUAGAUCGUGGUCUCCCAGUGUCCCUCCCCCACAAAGUCGGAAUGUGGAUCAGGGACCCCGAGGGACUCGAUCUACGGCUGCGCAUUACAACACCCUGAACCGCAUGGACAGACACCGAGUCAUAGAUGACCACUACUCCCCAGACAGAGAGAGUCAUUAUGUUACUUUACCUCGUUCCCGGUACACCCAGUCCACAGAUCACCAUUACAGAGAUGUCAGCCAGGAUCACACAAUGUAUCCUCUAUUUUGUGAAGAUGCAAUCAGAUUACUCCGCUCCCGUAAGAUGUGCCGUACCUACUCUGAGGGUGCUUACUAUGAUCUUGAGAGGAGGACUAGACAGGAGAGAAGAGUGCCUAUUUCAUAUUAUGAUGACACAGCCUAUACUCCUGAAAGGUGGUACAAUGGUGCAAGUUCAUGGGCAGAUCAUGUAGUCAAUGGUUCAGCUGAAAAAUAUGGGAAUUGUGAAGCAGCAGAUAGACAGCCAUAUCAAAGAUCCAGAUCAACAGAGCAACGUCCUAUGCUAGAGCGGACCAACUCCCGCUCCCGAUCCACAGAGCGUCCUGACUCAAACCUCAUCAGGUCGAUGCCUUCAUUAAUGACUGGAAGAUCUGCCCCUCCUUCACCUGCCUUACCGAGGUCACAUCCUCGAUCUGGGUCUGUUCAGACAAGUCCAUCAAGUACUCCGGUAGUAGGGCGAAGGGGCAGGCAGUUACCGCAGCUCCCACCCAAGGGGACGUUGGAGAGAAACAAUGGAGACAAGGAGAUAGAAUCUUAUGAAGAAGAAGCGGAAUCAUCAAGGAGAAGAAACUCAGAAGAAAAGAAAGCAGAUCCAGAGAAUGGGGAUACAGGUGCAAUGGAUGUAGAAGAAAGGAAUCGCCAAAUGAAAAUGAGCAAGUACAAACAGGUAGCAGGAUCAGAUUCCAGGCUGGAACAAGAUUAUCAUUCUAAGUAUCGGUCAGGGCGGGAUCCUCAUCGAGGCUCAGACAAUGUUUCCAAUAAGUCUUCUGACAGCGAUGUCAGCGAUGUCUCCGCUGUGUCACGGACAAGCAGCGCUUCACGUUUCAGCAGCACGAGCUACAUGUCCGUCCAGUCUGAGCGUCCAAGAGGAAACAAGAAAAUAAGAAGGACAAGGGAUAUAGAGGGAAAAAAAGAGGGAGGGCUGGAAGGGGAUGAACAAGAUGAAGUAUUUCCUGAGGAGGAAGAAAAAGUGGAGGAGGAGGAGGAGGCAAAAGCAAAGGAGCAAGAAAUUAAUGAAAAAGGGGAAGGGCAAGAGGUGACAGAAAACUGUGAUAAGGAGGAGAUCAAAGAAUCAGGGCAUGAUGAAAAAGCUCAAGAAGACCAAGCUGAGGAAGGGAAAGAGGAUGACAGCAGACAGAUGGGCGUCUCAGGAAAGAACAUGACUAAGAGCACCAGCAUCAGCGGGGACAUGUACACGCUGGAGAAGAACGAUGGCAGCCAGUCUGACACAGCAGUGGGCACUGUUGGUGGCGGCAGCAAAAAGAGACGGUCCAGCAUCGGCGCGAAGAUGGUCGCCAUAGUGGGUCUCUCAAGAAAAAGUCGCAGCACAUCACAGCUCAGCCAAACUGAAGCAGGGGGCAAGAAGCUGCGGAGCACCGUCCAGAGGAGCACUGAGACAGGGCUGGCUGUGGAGAUGAGGAACUGGAUGACUCGUCAGGCUAGCCGGGAAUCGACGGAUGGGAGCAUGAACAGCUACAGUUCUGAGGGAAAUUUGAUUUUCCCUGGUGUGAGGUUGGCUGCAGAUAGCCAGUUCAGUGAUUUUCUGGAUGGACUUGGUCCCGCCCAGCUUGUAGGACGACAGACUUUGGCAACACCAUCAAUGGGAGAUAUUCAGGUGGGAAUGAUGGACAAGAAAGGACAACUGGAAGUAGAAAUAAUCCGAGCCCGUGGCCUUGUUGUAAAACCAGGUUCAAAGACACUGCCAGCACCAUAUGUAAAGGUGUAUCUAUUAGAAAAUGGAGUCUGCAUAGCCAAAAAGAAGACAAAGGUAGCAAGAAAAACUCUGGAACCACUUUAUCAGCAACUUCUAUCUUUUGAAGAAAGUCCCCAAGGGAAAGUUUUACAGAUAAUUGUUUGGGGAGACUAUGGACGUAUGGAUCACAAAUCCUUUAUGGGAGUGGCACAGAUACUUUUAGAUGAACUGGACCUGUCCAACAUGGUGAUUGGGUGGUUCAAACUUUUUCCUCCUUCUUCCCUAGUAGACCCAACUUUAGCUCCUCUCACUAGAAGAGCUUCCCAAUCAUCUCUUGAAAGUUCAACAGGACCUUCAUAUUCUCGCUCAUAGCAGCUGUGAAACUGUUGUCAUAGCAACCAGCGUUACAAAAAAAUAAAAUUACAGGUCGCAAACCCUGGUAACACUGCAUGCUUAAUGUUGUGUCUUCUGAGCCUGUUUCUAGGGCUGCAACGCGAUCCUGUGUUCUCAAGGAAGUUGCACACAUUGUGCCCUACAGAAGGCCCUCAGGUGAUGGACUGAAAUCAUGAAGAACUGAUAGGUUUGGAGUUCAGGGACUCAGUUUUGGUCCAAUCUGAAGCCAUGGACUAAACUAAAAAAAUCAAUCUGUUUCAUGCAACAAAAGUCCUUUUCAAUAGCAUAUCUGUUUUGUUGCUCCCGUUGCUUUAUUUAUCUGCCCUCUACUCCUAAAGCUUGGUUAUGCCACAGAAAUGGAGUUACCCUCCCACGAAGCCACGUUACAAGUCAGUGGAAUAGCAGACAGUGGAAGAAAAGAAGAAUGUAAGGAUGCUGGAAAAGCCAACUGGCACUUGCAGCAGUUGCUUGAGAUCUGAAAAAUCUUCAUAUUGAAAAGGUUCAAGACUUAAAGUGGCGGGCUUCAUACCUCCAGCUAUUCACACAGUGAAACCCCAGACAUGAUGGACUCUCUGAAAAAUAAAAUUCUGUGGAUAUACUGUACUGUAUGAAAUUAAGAAACUUUUUUGCAUGGACACAGAUUUAGCUGAACACUUAAAUUAUUUUCUUGGGGCUGCAACUUGCAAAAAAAGAAAAAAGAAUAAAUCAGCCAUUUUCAACAGUUUAUAUUAUUUUUAAAAAUAAAUUUCACUAGUGCAUGGUUUUAAAGGAAAGAGAAUGCAACAGGGUGAUACAAAGACACACCACGUUUAUCAUUCUUUAAACCAAUCAUGGUCUGUAUUUUUGCAGACUUAUAUUAAAAAUAAAAAAUAAUUUCUAGCAAAUAUUUAAAAUUCUGUUUAUGUGACAAGAAAUAAGUGUAAUAUAUUAAAUUUAUUUAAAUGUAAAAGGUACAAGCCUUGUAAAGUUCAACAUAAUGUGCAAAUUGUACACUUCUUUUACCACCUCCUUUCUCUAUCUCUCCUUCCAGUCUCCCUUCUUCCUUUUGCUCUUUUUCCCCUCUACCUCCCAGGAUGAUCAGAAUAUUCUAAAAUGGCUACCUUUUGACUUAUUACUCUCUUAUGCCCCAUAUUUGGUUCAGGGUUGCAGAUUGUUCUGCAUUUCUGAAUUAUUUGAGAAAAAUAUUGAUUAAGAACUUACUUUUUUUCAAGCAUGUUGAAAAGGAUUUUGCAACAUGGCUUGGGAGUACAUUAAUGUAAUUCAGCAUGUAUUUGAUAAAGAAGAUAUUUGAACUUUUUGCAAUUUAUUGUACAGUGCAUGGUAACUUAUUUUCAUUUUUUUCUCACCUUCAAAUUGAAUUCUGCAGCAAAAUACUGGAAUCAUGUGGCCAUUGUAAGAUGUCUUCAAUAAAUUUGUUUUCAGCACCAGCAUCUUUCAUUCAAAGACUGAACUAUCAUUUCUUGAAGGUUUUUGGAAAGAGAAAAAAUUAAGUACCUGGUUGAUUUUUAGGAAAUAAAUUUAAGCACUUUUAUUUGCACUAAACCAAAUUGAUUGCUACAUUUUUGAGAUUACAAAAGCAACACAGGUUACUAAUCCAGACAGUUCUUCUGCUGUAAAGUUCAAUUUUCAUAAAUUACAUUUGCAUUGCAAAAGACAUAAUUAAGUAAUAUCAGUCUGGAAAAUAACAGUCUUUGGUUUGUAAAAUAGCCUUAAAGAAAGCUUAUCAGUACCACUCUGACAGCUAUUUGACACCAUUACCAGAACCUCACUGCAGUUAAUGCAUCUUCAAAAACCUGGUUUUUGUAGCAUACAGUAACUACCAUUGGGUGGUGCUGCAAGUUCAAGCUUCUCAUUAAAUUAUGUUGUUUAAAGGGAAUGUAACUGGCUAACAUUUAAUAACAAAUAUCCUUUUUUUCUGGGUCUUUGUAUGCCUUUAAUACCUACUUAAGGUUUAUUAUUGAAACCUUGCAAUAAUUUUUGAAGUAUACAUUACAUUUACCUUUAAGGCCACACAGAAUUAUUCUGAUUUUAUUGAAAAAUCUAUUGAAGUUUCCCAUUAACAAAUUGUAAAUGCCUCGUAAGAGGGCAAAAGUAAUAACAGUAUCACUUAUAAUGCCUUUUACUUUGUGCAAUAUCAUAGAAAUCGAGAUUGUGUCUUGUCUGCAGAGUUUAUAUAAUGGAUUAUUGUUAGUAGACAGACUGGUAAAAUUAUAUUUAUUGAAAUAAUUUAGACACCUGUCUACCAGCAGCAAAUAAAUACUACUAACAUACAGUCUACAAUAUCCCCUAGGAUAUAAACAAAAAUACAUAACCAUUUUCCUGACACUGUGAGAUGUGCUCACACAUUCUUGUAUGCAUAGUCCUAUAUAAAUUAUUUCAAAUUUUAAAAUCAAAGAGAUGACACAUGGAAGGUUUGUACAUACUUGUUGUUAUGCAGUAUUUAUUUUAAAAAAAUUAAUGUAUUUUUUUUAAUUUUCACACGUCUGCAACUCUACUUAUGGUUUAGUCAUGUAAAUAGCACUAUUCCAGUGAUCACUGCUGUCUUGUACAUAGUACGUUUUAAAAAGCUAAAAGGAAUUACAGUUGGGGAAAAAAAAAAAGGGCAGAUUAGGCCUGUCAUGAACACCAACUAAUGUAAAUCAAACUCAUUCUGGUGAUGGUAUUUAACACUUUAAAUAAAACAUUUUCUUUACAGAA